UUCCCGCAGAACUGGGCCGGGAUGCGCUGUCCCUACAAGCUGCUGCGGAUGGUGCUGGCGCUGGUGUGCAUGAGCUCCGAGGUCGGUCGCGCCGUCUGGCUCCGCUUCUCGCCGCCGCUGCCGGCCUCGGGCCCGCAGCCCAGCUUCAUGGCGCACCUGGCGGGGGCCAUCGUGGGCAUCAGCAUGGGGCUGACCAUCCUGCGCAGCUACGAGGAGAGCCUGCAGGACCAGUGCGGCUGGUGGGUGCUGCUGCUGUCCUACGGCACCUUCCUGCUCUUCGCCGUCUUCUGGAACAUCUUCGCCUACGACCUGCUGGGGGCACAGAUCCCC